AUGGAUUCGGAAAAAGAAAAUGACCAUGAUGAUGGAGCAGGUGAUGCAAUCAUAAUACCAUCAUUGUCACCUUCAAUAAUAGAAUAUAACCAAGAUGAUGAACAAUUGGUACCAGGCCAUCAUCGCCAUAGUCAUCAUCAUCAUGGAGAUAAAAAGAAAGCAAGAGAAAGAUUAUUGGAUGGAGCCGAUCGAUUGACUUCAUCCGAUGAAUCUACAACAUCACAUGACCAACAACAACAAGAUAGAGACAACGUUGAAAUGGAAGAUGUUGAAUUGGAAGAUCAACCAUUACCACCAUCCACUCAUCAACAAUCAAAACUAACAAGAUUUAGACAAUGGUUGGCUCCACUUGGAAACACAUUUCAUUUGGGAAUUGGCUUUUUAUUAGUUUUCUUUGGUUAUUCACCAACACAAAAUUUAACAACAAGUAUACAUCCAAACACUGGUAGUCUCAGUCUUGGUAUACUCUAUUUUGCAUUUGCAAUUGGUUGUUUAAUAUCACCUGUAUUAACAAAAAAAAUAGGUCUAAUUAAAUCAUUAUUUUUAUCUGGGAUAACAUAUUCAUUAUUUAUUGUUUGUUCAAUUGACGUACUUUGGUUUUUCUAUUUACCCUCUGCCUUUAUUAUAGGAAUUGGAGCAGCUGUUUUGUGGACUGCACAACCAACCUAUCUUAGUCGAGCAGCACCAAGUGAACAUGAACUUGGCAAAUACUCUUCGAUUUUCCAGACCAUUUACAGUGGCGGCGCUAUUUUUGGAAAUGCAAUGUCUGGAACAUUUACUGCGCUCAAUCUAUCGACUGUCACAAUGUUGAUCAUCUUUACAGUCGUCACCACCGUAGGAUCCUUCAUUUUAGCAUUCCUCAAACCGAUACCUGCAAAAUCAAAGGAAAAAGCUUUCAAUCUCAAACAAGGUAUUGCAGGUGUAUUCCUAAACUUAAAACAUACCGAUAUGUUACUACUCACUCCAUUUUUAAUUCAACAAGGUCAAUCGUAUGUUAAUUAUUAUAAUAAUUAUACAACAAACUACAGAGUUAACUCGAGUUUCCUCUAA